AUGCGGGGGUCAGAGUUGACGCUGACAAUCGUGGUAGAAGUGUGGCGGUUAAGCUAACUUUAAUUGCCGCAACUAGCUACAUGUGGAGAGUAAAACGGGAGACAUCCCGAAUCCCAACUCUUUUAAAAUUCAUAGCUUAUAACUGACUGAACGAUAGAACUUACUCGAAAAUAGGGGACACAUUUGUUUAAAAUGAAAGGUAGCCGGAUCGAGUUGGGAGACGUUACGCCUCACAACAUUAAGCAGUUGAAACGACUGAACCAAGUCAUCUUUCCUGUCAGCUACAACGACAAGUUUUACAAAGAUGUACUGGAGGUUGGAGAGCUUGCAAAGCUAGCAUACUUUAACGACAUUGCAGUUGGGGCUGUGUGCUGCAGAGUGGAUCACUCUCAGAACCAGAAAAGACUGUACAUCAUGACACUUGGAUGUCUAGCCCCCUACCGUAGACUUGGAAUCGGUACAAAGAUGCUGAAUCAUGUGCUAAACAUAUGCGAGAAGGAUGGCACUUUUGACAACAUUUACCUUCACGUGCAAAUCAGCAAUGAAUCAGCCAUUGACUUUUACCAGAAGUUUGGCUUUGAGAUCAUCGAGACAAAAAAGAAUUACUACAAAAGGAUAGAGCCAGCAGAUGCCCAUGUGUUGCAGAAGAGCCUGCGCUCCCCAUGUGCACCACCCAGUGGAGAGCUUCAGAAGGCCGAGUAGGGGCACAAGAUUGUGAAAGACCCAAAUGUGCCCUCCAGCACAGAAACAGAACUGUGACAAAAGCCCCACCGUCAACACAUUUAAACGUUUCUUCAAAGGACACAAAAAGACAAAUUUUGACGAUAAAAAAAUUGCUGCAUUCUGUUUCAAAGGCAACUUCUGUUUAUUUUACCUCUCCCCUUUCUCAUAGAGAAUUAUAAAUUCCAACAAGCUCGGUAUCCUAAAUUACCCCCAACGGCAAAGGCCAAAACCAGGCAGUUGUAGAUGAAAUGGAGGAUAAGAAUGUGAUGUGUAAAACCAUACUGUUUUGUGUUGAGUAGUUUUUAUGCAGGUGAAGCUUAAAAAGGACAUAUCUACAAUGAAAGUAUAUUUUAAGGGGUGAAAAUGUUUAAAAGACCUGCUCUGAAAGACCUAGUCAUAGCUGACCAGCUUGGAGUGGUAACUCGAAUUUUUCCCUGGAUCAAACAAGUUUAUCUGAUUUGAGUUUGGCAAGUUUGUUGAUAUGUCUGCAGGGGAGGACAACAAAUGUCUCCGGAGUAUUGACAUAAAUGAGAUGGAACGGUUUUUUGGAGGUGAUACGUUGUCACCAUCUAGUUUUUCAGAUUACAUUUUUGGUCUGUUAAUUUAAUGCCCGUCAACUGUUGUUUUUAUUUUUCACAUUGGGAAGGAAAAGGGUUUCGAGGUUCUCCUGGGUGCACUAUUAACUCACUGAUGGAACAACAUUUUAGUUAGGAUCGACAAUUUCUAAAUGCAUUAUUUUGAUUAGCGAGUAAUGUCUCAAAAGGAAACGAUUGGCUAAUCAGAUUGGAUUUAGGCUUUUGGAGUGGUUAUUUACCAAGUGUGCUUGUGAAAACCUCCUAAACCAAGAGUUUAGAAAGAAAAUUUUAACCACCUUUGGUGUACAUGUAGCCAUUUUGCAAAAAAAAAAAAGUUUUUGGUUAAUGUUUUGGUUAUAUUCACAAAACCCCUCUUUGAAGAUCAUCUGAAACAAUUGGAAUUUGGUGACAUUUCUCACAGGUGUUACCCAGAGGAAGCUCCGACCCUCUGCAUGCAAGGAGAGACGUCCUCUCCACUGUAGUAUACAGCAUGUUUUCUUUUCUUUGACAAAUUUUAUCUUUUUCUGGAGCUCUAUAUUGUAAGACUUUUUAACGUCUAAAUAAAUUACUAUUUGCAGUA